UUGAGAGUACAGACUUGUAUUGAUUAGGAAACAGUUACCGACCUCUGGAUUGAUCGUCUUGUAUUUGAUGAUACAAGAGAAAUGUCACUGGGUUCUCACUCCUUCCCGUCUCUCCCUGCUUCAGACAAGGAGAGCCUGAUCACGGAGAGCGCAAGCUGCACACCUUGGACGUCCUGCUGAGUCGGCUGAAGGCCCACGGCCACCGAGUGCUCAUCUACUCCCAGAUGACCCGCAUGAUCGACCUGCUGGAGGAGUACAUGGUCUACCGUAAGCACACCUACAUGCGCCUCGAUGGAUCCUCCAAGAUAUCUGAGCGCAGGGACAUGGUGGCCGACUUCCAGAGCCGGACGGACAUCUUUGUCUUCCUGCUGAGUACGAGGGCCGGAGGCCUCGGCAUCAAUCUGACUGCCGCUGACACGGUGAUCUUCUACGACAGCGACUGGAACCCCACGGUGGACCAGCAGGCCAUGGACAGAGCUCACCGGCUGGGUCAGACCAAGCAGGUCACCGUGUAUCGCCUCAUCUGCCAGGGCUCCAUCGAGGAGAGGAUCCUGCAGCGCGCCAAGGAGAAGAGCGAGAUCCAAAGAGUGGUCAUCUCCGGGGGCAACUUCAAACCGGACACGCUGAAACCCAAAGAGGUGGUCAGCCUGCUGCUGGACGACGACGAGCUGGAGAAGAAACUGCGUCAGAGACAGGACGAGAAGAGGCAGCUGGAAGAGUGCAGCAAGGUGAAGGAGCGCAAGAGGAAGAGGGAGAAGUACGCCGAGAAGCAGAAGAAGAACGAGGACUCGGAGACCAAGAAGAAGAAGAAGGAGGUGAACCUGGUCAUCUCUCACGCGCCCUCGGCCGACAACUCCAACCUGUCGGCGGACGGAGACGACUCCUUCGUCAGCGCCGAGAUGGACUCGGCCAUGCCCAGCCCCUUCAGCGAGAUCUCCCUGAGCAGCGAGCUGCAGCCCGGCUCGUUGCCGCCGGACGCCGACGCCGACGAGAGCAGCAGCGACAUGCUGGUGAUCGUGGACGACGCGGCGUCCUCGGCGCCGCAGUCCCGCGCCACCAACUCGCCGUCGUCCGUGUCGGGGUCCGUCUCGGACAACAUGAAUGGCGUUUCGGCAUCGGAAACCAUCAGUCCCGGCAGAGGCAGGUCCGGGCGUAGUCGGGGGCGGCCCAAAGGCUCCGGAGGCGGGUCGAAGUCCGGCGGGAAGGGACGCGGGCGCAAGUCGACGGCGGGCAGCGCGGCGGCCAUGGCGGGGGCGAUGGCCGGAGCGGCGGCCGCCUCUGCGGCGGCCUACGCCGCGUACGGCUACAGCGUCUCCAAAGCGGGCCUCGCCGCCUCCAGCCCCCUGCAGCCCUCCCUGGGCCGGUCCGGUGCUAGCCCCGCCUUCAACCCCAGCAGGAGCUCCUCCCCCCAGGCCAAAGGAGGCGCCUCCACGCCGAGCCCCCACAAACAGCUGGCCCACAGCCGCCACCACCACCAUCACCACCACCACCACCACCACCGCAGCAGCAGCGGCAGCGGCAGCAGCCACGGCGCCGUCAGGAAGGGCAAAGGCCCCGGGGGGCCAGGGGCCCGAUGAUGCAAUCUGCACAGACACACACACACACACACACACACACACAGAUAACUGACCUACUCUCACUGUGAUCCCCACAGACGCCUAAACUGAAUACAGUUUAAAUGUAGUAACAGAGUUCCACUACCUUGGGGGGGAGGGGGGGGACCAAGGCUGCGUCUGCUGGCUCAGCAACUGAAAUGACCCUCUCUCUCUCUCUCUCUCUACACACGCACACACACACACACACACAAUAAGUUGAAGGUACAGUCCCUGCUGCCAGCCUCCACGUUCCUUGGUUCAGUUUUGUGUUACUGUGUCAGUGGGCAGAAAUCGGCCUUCGAGCAUUCGCUGUGUGCAACACAAGACGGACGGCACUUUCCUAACUGAAGUCAGGAGACUCUUUUAAAUUUGUUGUCCCCCCUCCUCCCCCCCCCCCCCCCCCCCCCCGGUGAAAAGUGAACCGACACACGUAGCUCAAAGGGCUCGGGAGACGUUCGGGGAGGCAGAGGAGCGACUGUCGAAUGCACUGAGCGGCGUCUUCCGUUUCUUUCCUCUUUGUGUUAUCGAUGAUUCUCUCACACACACACACACACACACACACAUGCACAUCAGGCUGUUUAAUUGUUUAAUUGUCGCGUGGACCUGCUCGGUGCAGACCGGUGGACGGGCCCUUGCCAACCCCCCCCCCCCCACACUUUACCAAACCAACAUGCCGACAGCUUUUCUACUAAAGCGCCUAUUUUUGUAAUGGAGGACCCAAACCGACGUGGCAGGUCUUUAACAUUUUGAAAACAUUUUGUCCAUAAAAUCCAUGAGACAUAUAUAUAUAUAUAUACAAAAGAAAGUAUAUAUGUAUAUUUUCUUUUGUCCAAGGGGGAAAUAAAUAAAUGAAUGGAUGAUGUGAAGAUAAUAUUCCCGAAGGAGGAGAACUGGUUGAUGCUGCUAACCGUAAAUUUAUGAAUUCACUCGGAUUAUUUGGUUGUCUUUAUUUAAGUUAUUUGAGUUCUAUUAAAACAGAACGGGGCAAGUCGUGAUUCGUUGCAGUUUGCGGUAUUCACCUGUAAAACUGCAAAUCGCACCGAAGCCAUUUUUAAUUUUUUUUUUUUUUUUCCCCGAACUUGCUUUCUGUGAUGGGGAGUCGGCGAGUUCUCUUCCAUGUUUUAGGAACACAAGUGUUGUCCUCAAACAGUCCUCCGUUGAGCACUACAUCUGUUAUAGGCGUGUUUUGUUUUGUGUUAAUAGUGUGAUUAAAAGUGCGAUGUUCUAUAUUGCUGUACAUAAAGGUGAGAGCGACGUUUUUCAUUUGGCUUUCCCACCCCACCCCCCCCCCCCCUCAUUUGCCCGUCUAUUUUUAUAGGUCAUGUGUACAUAUGAAGAAAUGCGUCCGCCAUUUUACUAACAGGAGGAGCUAACUGAAAAUAAAAGAGUGCUUAAUCAGC